GCGAGCACUUGACGUCCGUGUCACUCCGGAGGCGCCGCUGCUGUGCCUUGCUCACUAACUCGGGAAAGAUUUCGAACUGGCGACGCCGAAGGGAUAAACCGUAGUGUUACACCCGAGACCCCAGCAGCUGUGAACCAGGCUCAGGCCCUCUUCACCGGGUGAGGCAGCCAUGUCGGGCUCCUGCGAUGGCUCCAUGCUUGACGUGUCCAGCGACAGCUUUUGGGAGGUUGGCAACUACAAGCGUGCGGUGAAGCGAGUCGACGAUGGAAACCGACUCUGUAACGACCUUAUGAACUGUCUUCACGAGCGGGCGCGGAUCGAGAAGUCGUACGCUCAGCAGCUGACGGAGUGGGGAAAGCGAUGGAGGCAGCUUAUCGACAAAGGUCCCCAGUACGGCACCCUGGAGCGAGCGUGGUCCGCUCUCUGCACAGAAGCGGAGAAGGUGAGCGAGCUCCACAUGGAGGUGAAGGCUGCGCUGAUGGGAGAAGACUACGAGAAGCUGAAGAACUGGCAGAAAGACUUUUACCACAAACAGAUGAUUGGAGGCUUCAAGGAGACCAAAGAGGCGGAGGACGGCUUCAGGAAAGCUCAGAAACCCUGGGCCAAGAAACUAAAAGAGGUGGAGACGCAGAAGAAAGCCUACCACUCGGCCUGCAAAGAGGAGAAGCUGGCCGCCAGCAGGGAGACCAACAGCAAGCUGGAGAGCAACAACAACCCUGACGCCCAGAAGAAGCUUCAGGAGAAGGUGGAGAAGUGUCAGCAGGAGGUGCACAAGACGAAAGAGCGUUACGAGAAGUCCUUGGAGGAGUUGGACAAGUUGACGCCGCAGUACAUGGAGAACAUGGAGCAGGUGUUCGAGCAGUGGCAGCAGUUCGAGGACAAGCGCAUUUGUUUUUUCCGGGACGUUUUGCUGGAAGUCAAGCAGCACAUUGACCUGUCCACCAACCACAGGUUCCAGACCGUGUACCACACACUGGAAGACACGAUCUCAGCCACAGACGCAGAGGAGGACCUGAAGUGGUUCCGAUCCACGCAGGGGCCCGGCAUGCCCAUGAACUGGCCUCAGUUUGAGAACUUGGACUGGUCCCAUCCUCGGCCCUCUAAGAGAAGGUCCAUUGUAGACUGGUCCAUAGACCUGAACCGGACCCUCAGCCGGCGAGAGAAGAAGAAGCCGUCAGAAGGUGUGACACUAACGGGCAUCAGCCAGACCGGGUCGGACCAGCCCGUUCCGCACACAAAGACCAGCAGCAGCCUGUCGGUGCUGAAAGAGGCACCAGCGGGCUCCAACCCUUUUGAAGACGACGAGGAAGAUGAGGAGGAGGAGGAGGAGGAGCUGAGGGUGGAGACUGCGGUCAACCACGUCAGUGCCAAAUCAGAGGAGAUAAAAACCGUGAGCAGCGCGGAGAAGCCCCCUGACUGGUCCGACGAGGACACCACUGCCAACCCCUUCAGCACCAAUGGGGACGGGAACCCGUUUGAGGAUGAGCCCACUUCUCCGGUCAUUUCAGUGCCGGUCCGAGCCCUGUACGACUAUGAAGGUCAGGAGCAGGACGAGCUGAGCUUCAAAGCAGGGGAUGAAUUCACUAAGACGGGCGAGGAGGACGACCAGGGCUGGUGCAAAGGUCGCCUGAAGGACGGGCAGGUGGGCCUCUACCCUGCCAACUACGUGGAGGACAUCCAGUGAGGUGCGGCGCCCGAGGCGAGGCUGGGACUGAGCGGGAGAGAGGGCGAGGUCUGACCAGCGGGUGCCGCCACUUACGUCCCGUCCCCUUCUCCUUCUGUUACAUUAACACUCGAUUACUUUCCCUGAAGAAUGAAAGGUUUGUAUUUCCGGAAACACUGGGCAGAUGAGUUGUCGUGCUCCUCUGAAGGAGACCUCUGGUUCAGAUGAUUUACGUUUUGAUUUUUAUCCAUCCGGCCGCCGCUCCACUGCAAUCAAGAGGAAGUGAAUGUACUGUAGCCUCACGCGUUCACCUCCGCCCUCACCACCACUGUGACUGGGUCUGCUAACACUGGUCACUGUGGAUGAACUGGAGCAUCUGCAGCAGACACGCAAAGUUAAUUUAUGAUGCCACUCUUGUUCUGAUGAUGAUGAUGAUGAUGUGACUGAAACUCUUUUGUUGAGAUUUUAUCCUCCUGGAAUCUGUAACUCUCCUGUGCACAUGAUUAUUUUACCUAAAGUCAAUAGAAGUUUCCACUCCUUCUGUUGGGAGCUCAAAUCCACCUCUGGAGUUUUCUUUCCUCUCAGGACUUCUUUCUCACACCCUGAAACCCUCUGCUGCAGGAGAAGCACACGAGCAAGCGCAUAGAGCGCAGACCUCCACCGAGCGGCUCGUCGACACCCCUCCCCUGCCAGGGUUCAGUGGUUUGACCUUGGUUCGUUGCUCAGUGUCAGGCCUCACACUGGGCUCUGCUCCCAUAGUGUGGUGCUGCAGCUUCAUAGUGGCUUCAUAGUUCACCUGCUGGAAUGGAUCCACUUCUCCUGCGUUUAGCUUCAAGUCCAUCUGAAGCAUGAGGCGAGUCACUGACAAGUCAUAUGACAGACAGGUGAUGAUUUUAAUAAGAAGAAAUUGGAAGUAAAUAAUCAUUUGGAACUGUGAAGGUGACGCGACUGGCCUGCAGGAGGCGCUGCCACCAUCAGUCUCACUGUGCAGGCGAUCAAACAGUUGCUAUGUGCUGAUGAGUGAGAUCCUGAUGGAUCUCCGAGAGACGGUGUCCUGAUUUCACCGUCCACUAGGUGGCGCAGUUGGUUGUUCAAAUCAAUGCUCUUAGAGCAGACCGCGCCCUCUAGUGGGCGCUGUCAAUCACGUUACAGUUAAACGAAGCUACACAACUUCAAAUCGUGACCUCGCUGACCGGACACUUGAUACCCAGAAUGCACCUGGGGACAUGCGAAUCGACGGUAAUGACGUGAGCGGAGUGAAAGCGCGACUCAAGACACCAGACGGGUUCGUUGAACCCGGUAUUGGGACCAAAAGAGCGGGCGGAUACAGACGUUUUCGAGAGAAGAAAUGACAAACGGAGCGGAACUGUUCCUCCCUCUGCUCCUCUUCCAUCACUCAGAUCAAGCUGAUGGAAGAGUUGGGGCUGUCACUGCCCUAUUUGCUUCUUCAUCCCGUUUUGCUUCCAGGGCUCAGUUUUAUGUCGUCAUUUCCUGGCCGCAUGCGCACAUUGGAAUUUCAAGACGUAAUUUCCUGUCCACGUGCGCACAUGGGUGUCGCUGCUUGACACAUAAAUUAGAAUAAAAUUAGCAACGUCAUUGCGCCACGCCUCACUACACACUCGUAUUUCAUCAAGAGAAGCAGAAUUUGAAUUACUAAAGUACUACGCCGACGCAUUAACUGUAUUUUAACCUUAUUUUAUAUAUAUCACUACAUUUGACUUGUAUUCAACAAUUCGGAUAUUUUAACAAGAUUUUGUUUUGUUUGAUGAAUCGUCCAAAGGAAACUUUUGUGAUGGUCACCUUGUUUAUUUGUUCAUCUUAUAGCCUGUUAGGCCUUCUUCUUGUUUAUUUCUUUUUCUCUAUCGACACCUAGUGGUCAUUUUACAAACAUCACUGAUUGUCACAGAUUUCAGAUAAAAUAAUUGGAUCUUUCUGCGCAAUUUGCAUGCAGUUU